AUGAACUACACAUCUUACAUCAAGGAUUUGAGAUCCAUAUUUCUACCGACGAGUUUAGCUUUAAUUACUCUUUACAUUCCCAUAUUUCUUCUUUCCAUAUUCAAUCGUUCAAUUUCCUGUAUAUCUAAAUGGUUUUUUACCAUUCCGAUUGUUACAUAUCUUCUUGUCAUUCCUACGUGUCAAUCAGUUCGUUCUGUACCUUUACUCAACACGUGCGUAGCCAGUAUUGCUAUAUAUAAUGCACAAAAAGUAUGUGAAUGGAUCUUAUUUCGACGUGUGGAAUUCUCUCAAUGGUCGUUCUUUGACAUUCAUCAUGAAUUGUGUUACUAUCGUAUUUACACACAACCGAUCAGUCUGAAAAGAUUCGAACGAGUAAGAAAAGAAAUCUUCUAUUCAGGACCAAUUCAAUUCGAUAGACAUGUUUAUGCUCUACUAUAUUUGUCGCGAAAUAUCAUCAAAUAUUAUCUCAUGUUCGAUGGAACUGUUUUUCUACUGAACGAAGUUUUUAGUAGAGAUUUAUAUGAGAAGUAUUUCAUCAUACAGUUUUUUGUCAAUCUGCUAAGUGGUUGUGCAGUUUAUUCGUUUCUUUCGUUGAACUAUGAUAUACUUCGUCAUGUGCUCUGCUUAUGGUUGAAUCGUCCAUUAGAAUUGAUGCCAAAGUUGUUCAAUGAACCGUAUCGAGCUGUGUCACCGAUAGAUUUCUGGUCAAGAUGGCACCAAGCUUUUAAAAGCACCUGGACUGAACUAAUCUUUAAGCCAAUCUCAACUCUAAUGUACUCACAAUGUCCUCAUCUGCCCAGAUCUAUUGUUUAUGCUGUUUCAUCAAUGUGCGUAUUUUUAUUUUCAGGAAUCACACACGAAUACUUUGUUUAUAUCACCUUUGAGAAGUUUUCUGGUGAUCAGAUCACAUUCUUUCUCUGUCAAGGUGUUGCAGUUGUUGUUGAACAUGCAUUGAAACAGCAAUUUCCUCAGUUAUACAUACCAAAACCAGUUGGGUUAUUAUUUACAUUUAUUUUUAAUGGUAUUACUGCUGGUUAUUUUCUGCGACCAUAUAUCGGAUAUUUCUCAAGACGAUAUAUCUUCAAAUAUUCACUCGUUAAUCUCAUCGUACAAUGGUUAUUAUCUUGA